AUGGGCGACAUGGAGAGCGAUCCAGGUUGGCAGUUCCUGCGCCUGUCCGAAGAACAACGCUUGGCCAACUCGACCAAAAAGUUUGAUUCCAAGAAAAACUGUUGGGUACCCGACCCAACAGAAGGUUUUCUUGAAGCCGAAAUCAAGUCAAGCAAAGGCGAACAGGUCACGGUUGUUACUAGCAAGGGAGAGGUAGGACUUUGCAUGAACGUUAACUCUGUGUAGUAUAAAAAAUUUUUUGAAUGUCAUUAUACUUCAACCAAAUUUGGUUUUUAUGGACUUUCAAGAUUUGAAAAUGUAAAAAAAGUCUUGUCGUUAACUUACACUGACUGGAGUGUUAAAAAAACAACAAAACUUUUUUUUACAUCCUACACGAUCUUUAUAGACCAUUAUAAGAUAAUUUUCAUUUUCAAGGCACUUUUAUUUACAUGACUUUUAUGUUUUGUUUAUACACAAAGAGAUCACGAUAACGUAUUUUACAGAAAACCUUGAAAAAAGAUGAGAUUCAACAAAUGAAUCCACCCAAAUACGAUCGAUGUGAAGAUAUGGCCAAUUUAACCUUUUUGAACGACGCUUCCGUUCUACACAAUCUCAGGGCUAGGUACAGCUCCAUGAUGAUCUAUGUAAGCUAUAUUUAUCAAUUUUUACAAUACUGUAUAACUUCUGUAUAACGAACACUCUCUAUAAAAAUUCGUUAUACAGAAGUUCUACUGUACUAUUUCAAAAAAAUUUACCAUGUACUUUUCGUCUAAUGCUGUAAAUCACAAUAAUAAGAAGCACUGGCUAUGAUACACAUAUUUUACAUAAAAAUAAACCUAUUUCCAGACCUACUCCGGUCUGUUCUGUGUAGUAAUCAACCCGUACAAAAGACUACCGAUCUAUUCCGAAAGUGUUUGUAAAAUGUUUAUGGGCCGACGACGAAACGAAAUGCCACCACACUUGUUCGCCGUCUGUGACGAAGCCUACCGCAACAUGGUUAAUGGUAGGCUUACUGUUUUAUAUAUUUUUCUUUAAAAAAAUCUAUAAUUCUUGACCUAUAUAGGCUAAAAUAAAACAACAACAUAAACAGAGUAGCCAUAGGCAUAGUAAAAGGGUAGCCAUAGACAUAGCAAUUAAAAACCCAGAUUAAAUUAGUAGCUUUAAGCUUAGCAGACGUAAGCAAAAGCGUUUACUGAACGGUAUACAAAAUUUCAGAACAUGAAAACCAGUCCAUGUUGAUUACUGGUGAAUCUGGUGCCGGAAAAACCGAGAACACAAAAAAAGUAAUUUCCUACUUCGCUGUGGUUGGUGGAUCUUCCAACAAAACGUAAGUUUUCUUUCUUUAAAAUCUCAAAAUAUUUUUAGAAAGAAAUCCGGAAAAGCAGACGCUUCUCUGGAAGACCAAAUCGUCCGUACCAAUCCAGUACUCGAAGCUUACGGUAAUUAGAAAGUGGUUUAGUUGCAGUGUAAGAUAACAUUUUAAUAUCCUUUCUCUAACAAAAAUUACUAUACGAUGGAACUCCGUAUAACCAGCUCCUAUGUAAAAAAAGCUUCGUAUAACGAACAACUUUUGAAUCUUCAGCCAACUACUACGCAGUGGAUUUAAAACCCCUAUGUAAAGAAACCCCUUUAUAACAAACAAAGUCAAAAUACCCUGGCGUUUCGUUAUACAGAAGUUAUACUAAAUCAUCAAAAAAUAUUUCUACAGGGUGUCUCAAGAAAUUUGCAGGAUUUGAAAAAUUUUUUAUUCAGCGAUAAAAAUCGCUAUAGGUACCAAAUUUGGUACAGCGAUAGUAGAGCAAAUAUAUAUUUUUUAUAAAAAAUUUUGGAUUUUAAAAGUGCAUUUUACAUUUUUUAUGAUUUUUUAAAAAUAGGCAUUUUUCACCAAAAAUACACAUAUUUUUAGUUGAAAAUGCUUUUUUCUCUGAAAUUUGCGAGAGAAUUAUAAAAUUUAUCUAUUUUCAAAUGAAAAGACUGAUUUUCAAUGUCGGCGAAGGCUCGGCGGAGGCCGGCGGACGCGUUCAGAUAUCGGCGAAGGCUAUAACUCGCUUCAAAAUUGUCGUAAAAUUAUGAAACAAAAAUUAUUUCAUUUGAAGUUAUUAAGUUUUGGUAAUAACGUAGAAAUUAGAUAAUAUAAUUAAUAUUAAUAAAUAAAUAUUUAUCAUUUGCCCAUUUUUUAAAUUUAAAAAUAUUAAAAUAUUAAAAAUUUAUAUCCUACAAUUGUAGACUUAAUAACUUCAAAUGAAAUAAUUUUUGUUUCAUAAUUUUACGACAAUUUUAAAGCGAGUUAUAGCCUUCGCCGAUAUCUGAACGCGUCCGCCGGCCUCCGCCGAGCCUUCGCCGACAUUGAAAAUCAGUCUUUUCAUUUGAAAAUAGAUAAAUUUUAUAAUUCUCUCGCAAAUUUCAGAGAAAAAAAGCAUUUUCAACUAAAAAUAUGUGAUAAAAAAUUUAAAAUGCACUUUUAAAAUCCAAAAUUUUUUAUAAAAAAUAUAUAUUUGCUCUACUAUCGCUGUACCAAAUUUGGUACCUAUAGCCAUUUUUAUCGCUGAAUAAGAAAUUUUUCAAAUUCUGCAAAUUUCUUGAGACACCCUGUAUUAAUCUAACUUUGAAUUUCCAUGACGUGUAAUGCAAAUAAUUUCUAAAAAUUAUAAAAAAAUAAAAUUUAGGUAACGCCAAGACGGUUCGUAACAAUAAUUCUUCGCGUUUCGGUAAAUUCAUUCGAAUUCACUUCAAUAAUGCCGGUAAAUUGGCUGGUGGUGACAUUGAGCAUUGUAAGUGAACUUACUAUUGAAAUUAAAAGCCUUAACUUUUAGAAAAAGAUAAAAAAAAUUUUUUUAACCAUAUAAAUACCGAUUGAAACCUUUCUUGGUAAUUACUGACCAUACAAACACCAAAUUUUUGUAUUUUACAACUUCCAGAUUUGCUGGAAAAAUCCCGUGUAAUUAAACAAGCCCCUGGAGAGAGAAACUACCACAUUUUCUAUCAAAUCAUGUCUGAUGCCAUUCCUGGAUUGAAACGUGAGUAAAUUUACAAGCAACAAUAAGGCUAAAUUUUGAAAAUUUCAGAAAAACUGUUCUUGACGAAAGGAGUGAAAGAGUACUCUUUCAUCGCUCAAGCUGAAGUCACUAUCGAUGGAGUUAACGACAAAGAAGAAAUGGCCCUUACUGAUGUAAGUCAUCACUGUAGAAGUUUUGUUCAUAGACAAUAAAAUUAGAACGUAUUUUACCUAGAACAUUUCAGGAGUCCUUCGACAUUCUCAGAUUCACAGAAACCGAAAAAUUCGACUUGUGGUGUGUAACUGCCGCCAUUAUGCACAUGGGUGAAAUGAAGUUCAAACAACGGCCGCGUGAAGAAAACGCAGAAGUUGAAGAUGGCGCAGCAGCUGAACUGGCCGCUAAAUUGUUCAAAGUCGACGUCCAAAAACUGCUGACUGCUUUCAUUAAACCGAGAGUUAAAGUCGGUAUGGAAUGGGUAAACAAAGGUCAAAACUUGGAACAAGUCACGUGGUCCGUUGGUGCUUUGGCCAAGGCCUUAUUUGCUCGUAUUUUCAACUGGCUGAUCAAAAAGUGUAAUAUGACUUUGGAUGCUAAAGAUUUGAGUAGAGAUAUCUUCAUCGGUGUGCUGGAUAUUGCUGGUUUUGAGAUCUUUGAUGUAAGUUUUUGAAGUAACGCCUAUUUCACAGUAUUUCAUAGUGACUUAUGCUUGACAGUACAUUGUGAAGUUUUCUUAGUGAUAAUUUCAGUUUUUUGUAAAUACUUUUCUCUUGUUUAAUCGGUUUCGAUUUUAUACCUAAAAUAUUUUAGUUGAACAGUUUUGAACAACUGUGGAUCAAUUUUGUGAAUGAAAGACUUCAACAAUUCUUCAAUCAUCACAUGUUCGUACUCGAACAAGAGGAAUACAAACGGGAAGGAAUCCAUUGGGAGUUCAUCGAUUUUGGUUUGGACUUGGAAGCCUGUAUUGAAUUGAUUGAAAAGGUAGGUAUAGUUGCUUUUAAAAACUUCUAAAAGAUUCGGAAUGGUAGUAAAAUACCUUACCAUAUUACGGUUACAAAAGAUCGACCUUGAUGUUUGAUGUGAAACAAGGUAAAAUCCAAGUUUUAUGACCAUUCAAACCUGAAAACUAACAAAAAACACAAAAAGAACACUAAUAAAAACCUCUUUCAGCCCCUGGGUAUCAUCUCCAUGUUGGACGAGGAAUGUAUUGUUCCUAAAGCUUCUGAUCAAACCUUAGCUUCAAAAUUGAAUGAUCAACAUUUGGGCAAACACCCCAACUUCCAAAAGCCAAAACCGCCAAAGGGAAAACAAGCUGAUGCUCACUUUGCUUUGGUACAUUAUGCUGGUACUGUCCGGUACAACGUCAAAGGAUGGCUGGAAAAGAACAAAGAUCCUCUUAAUGACACCGUUGUCAGUGUGCUUAAAGGCAACGAUGGCAUGGCUUUGUUGUCCGAGUUGUGGGCAGACUACACCACUCAGGAAGAUACGGCUGCUAAUGAGUCUAGAGGUAGGUCUUUAAUAGGUCUAAAAUCAAAUAUUUGUGAUUUGGUAAAGAUAAAAUACGUUUAAAACAAGAAUUUAGGUAACGAAACGUAUAAAAAAGAAAAACAGAGAAAAAUAUUUUCAAGAUUUUUGAAAAAGUCCAACAUGCGACCUAGUAUAACAUCGAUAAUUUGCUCAUAAAUUAAUAAAAAUUUGAUUAAACCCUAGUAAUUCCAAGAACUAUAUUCCAACCAACUUUUACCACUAAUUUUGUCCUCAAAAACCAACAUCUACUACAAUAUAACUUUUCCAGGCAAAAAAGCUCCAGGCAAAAAGAAGGGAAAAUCCGCGUCGUUUGCCACGGUUUCCAUGUUAUAUCGUGAAUCUCUAAACAAACUCAUGACUAUGCUCCAUCAAACUCAUCCUCACUUUAUUCGUUGCAUUAUCCCCAACGAGCAGAAGAAAGCCGGUUUGAUUGAAGCUAACCUGGUGUUAAAUCAACUUACGUGCAAUGGUGUACUUGAAGGUAUUCGAAUUUGCCGCAAAGGUUUUCCGAACAGAAUCACAUAUCCCGACUUCAAGCAACGGUAAGAUUUUGGAUAAGAGAGACAAUAUUUUGUUUUCCUGAAAAAUGAAUUUUAAAAUCAAUAUUUUUGAGCACGAGUUUCAAUUAUCGAUUAUUUUUUUUCGAAAAAUUUAAAAGAUUUGUUUUCGGCAGUGAAAACAUGUAAAACUAGGUACUAAACCAUGCCAAACUGUGUUAAAAACGUUGUAAAUAGAUUUAAAAAUUUUUAUUAUGCUUUUUUUAUUCAUUCAUCUUGUUUUAGAUAUGCAAUUUUGGCUGCAGAUCAAGCGACAGAAGCCGAUAACAAGAAGGCCGGCAAAGGCAUGACCGGAGCCAUUGAGAAGCGUGGAGACCUGAAACCAGAUGAAUAUCAAUGUGGUGAGACGAAAAUCUUCUUCCGUGCUGGUGUUCUGGCCAGAAUGGAGGAGUUGAGAGACGAAGCGUUGAGUAAAAUGAUCUCCAAGUUCCAAGUACAAUGUCGCUACUUCUUGGCUCAAAAUGAAUAUCAACGCAGGGUUCAUCAGUCGUAAGUUUGAUAACAUUUGACGUAGAACAGUCUGGUGAAUAUAUUAAGUUAAAAGAAAAUUAAAUUUAAUUGUAAAUUGCGUUUUAAUAUUGACUAAGAUGUUGUAAUAGACCAAAGUUGAUGCUUUGAUACCCAAAUUGUGUGUUUUUAGGGCUGGUAUCAAGAUUAUUCAAAGAAAUAUCCGUGGAUGGUGCACAUUGCGAACUUGGCCAUGGUUCAAAUGUUAUUCUCAAGUCAAACCUCUUAUUGCUGGAAGCAAACAGGUAUUAUAUUAUUGUAGUUAGCGGUGUUGAUGUAGAUAUAGCUUCGGUUAAAAGGUCAUAACUUGGUGUAGCGUUAUUGGAUUUUGACAAAAAUUUGUGGAAAUGUUACUUUUAGGUUAGGUAUCGAAACGGUAAAGAAUUGCGUUUUUACAUUUUGAUUUGGCAAAGUUAUGAUGAAAGGAGUGGGUGACAUGGGGUACUAUAAUAUUAUUUUUUUCCAAGUAAAUUUUUAGAUAAAGGUACUCAAGUUGAGUUAUUUUUUGUGUAGGAGUAUUUAUGAAAUUUAAUACCUCUGGGAUUGUUGGUCGAUAUUAUCCUACGCGCACUUGUCAUAAGGACAAUGCAAUUGUUCUUCCUGAAAAUUUAAAAACGACGUCAAGUUGUCGAGAUGACCUGCGUUGUUAGGGCAUUUUUAGGGAUUUUUAUAAGUUUUAAGUGAUUGUGAGGGCUGAUAUAGUGUUAAAUAGCUCAUUUAUUUUUAUACAAUAAAACAUUAUCGUAUUUUACCUUAAAAUUUCAGAGUGAAAAGAUGGAGGAACUGGAAGAACGUUUCAAAACGUUGGAAGAAAGCUUUGCUAAGGAAGAAAAGGCACGUAAAGACCUGGAAGCUUUGAAUCAGAAGAUAUUGGCCGAGAAGCAAGCGUUGUCUUUGCAAAUCGAACGUGAACGUGAAAAUACUAGUGAAAGUGAUGAACGUUCCGCCAAGAUCUUGGCUCAGAAGGCCGAUGUUGAACGUCAGGUAGGGGUUUUGAUUAGUUGACUGGGCUUUGUGGGGUUGGAAGGGGGAGAAAUUUGGUUUAGUAGGGCUAGCCAGCACGUUGGGCUUGUAACUGAGCACGGUAAGGUUCUCGGGACCUUAACUGAACACGAUAGGUUUGUAUAGGCUUUUAAUAUUAACCAUAUGCCUGUAAGACGCAAAAAUAGUUUAAAUUCAAACGUUUAGCUAUAUUGUUUUAGCUCACCGACCUCAACGAACAACUCGCCGACCAAGAGGACCGCAACCUCGAACUUCAGAAGCAUCGCAAAAAGCUUGAAGCCGACUGUGACAAACUCAAAAAUUCCGUCAAAGACAUGGAAAUUGCCCUGAAGAAGCAAGAAAACGAAAAACAAAGCAAAGAACAUCAGAUUCGCAACCUACAAGAAGAGAUUCAAGCUCAAGAUGAAGCCAUUGCCAAAGCCAAUAAAGAGCGAAAACAUCAAGAAGAAAUGAAUCGAAAACUCAUGGAUGAUCUACAAGCCGAGAAGGAUAAACAAAACCAAGUUAACAAGACCAAAGGCAAGCUGGAACAGGCUUUGGAUCAAGCUGAAGACAACUUGGAGAGAGAGAAGAGAAUGAAGGCGGAUAUGGAGAAACAGAAGAGAAAGGUGGAAGGCGAACUUAAAGUAGCUCAAGAGAAUAUUGAGGAACUGGCGAGGGCUCGAAUGGACAUUGAAAACAAAUUGAAACAGUAGGUUUUAUAUAUUUAUAAAGUUUAGGUUUAAAAAUGAAUUUUUAGGCUGAACAAUGAAAUCUUCAUUUUAUUAGGGUUAAUAAUGAUAUUUUAGGCUAAAAAUGAAAAUUUAAGCUUAAAAAAUGAAUUUUAGGCUUAUAACUUAAUUUUAGGCUUAAAAAUUGAAGUUUAGGCUUAAUAUCGAAUUUUUAGGCUUAAAAAUUAAAAUUUAGGCUUAAAAAUGAAUUUUAGGCUUAAAAAUUUAAUUUAGGCUUUAUAUCAAAUUUUUAGGCUUAAAAAAUGAAUUUUAGGCUUAAUAUCGAUUUUUUAGGCUUAAAAAUAGAAAAAAAUUAAGCAAUGAUUUUUUUAGAAAAGACGCCGAACUCCUUAACUACAUUCAACGCUACGAAGAUGAACAAGCUUUGGUCGCGAAGCUGCAACGUCAAGUCAAAGAACUUCAAGCCAGAAUUGCGGAGCUUGAAGAAGAACUUGAUGCAGAACGCCAAUCCAGAACUAAAGCCGAGAAAUCACGUUACGAAAUGCAACAGGAGUUGGAAGAGCUGGCUGAACGAUUGGACGAGGCUGGUGGCAACACUCAAGCUCAAAUGGAAUUGAACAAGAAGCGUGAAGCCGAGAUGAUCAAGUUGAGAAGAGACCUUGAGGAAGCUCACAUGCAACAUGAAACUCAAAUGGCAGCGAUGAGGAAGAAGCAGACGGAUGCGGUUGCUGAAUUGACUGAUCAGUUGGAUACUAUUCAGAAAUUGAGAUUGAAGUAAGGUUUUUAACGAUUACUGUACUAUAUCUCAAUUAUGGUUUAAGAUAUCUUAGCCUUAGUCUUACUAUAGGUUUAUUUUGGCUUUUGAUAGCUCUACCUUUGCCAUGGUAGCCACAGCUUAGAGUAUGGUCGCCCUUAUUUAGCCAACAACUACCUCACUUUAGUUUUUGGCAGCUUUCCCUAAUUUACUAUAGUCCUUCUCUAACUUGCAGUAGCCCUACUCGCGCUUACUUUAGUCUUUCCUUAAUCUAUAGAAGACUUAUCUUAUCAUACGGUAGUCUUAAUCUUGCCUACGGUAGCCCUACUAAAGCUUACGGCGGCCAUAGUUUAGCCUAUGAUAUCAAUCUACCCAACCUUGUCGUUCAGUAUUACCUAUAUAAUCACUACUUUCAGAACCGAAAAAGAAAAGAUAGCGGCCCAAAAGGAUGCAGAAGAAGCUCAACAGUCUUUGGAACGCGAAGAACGCCAAAAGUCGGAUUUGGAUCGCUUGGCCAAACGUCUAGAGGUACAGUUAACGGAGCUACAAUUGAGGAAUGAUGAACAACUUCGUCAGCUUAACGAAUUGAACAACUACAAGCUGAGGACUAGUGCCGAAGUCAGCGAACUUAAUCGGUAGGCUUUGGUUAUAAAAGGGAUGGCAUUUGGCUUUCUAUGGCUUCUUAUAGGGUUAAACCUUUUCUUUGAGCGAGGCAGGUUGAGUACCUGCCUUCUGAGGUUAUGGAAGCUUCUAGAAGCUUUUAGAAGGCCGUAGUGGCCUAAAAAUCGUUAAGUCAUUGAGUUUUUUGAUGUAAACACCUUUAGCCAACUCGAAGACGCGGAGAACCAAAUAAUGGCAGUAGGCCGUCUGAAGAGUCAGCUCAACAACCAAGUGGAAGAUCUUCGGAAACAACUCGAACAAGAAGCCAGAGAUCGCCAAUCCGUGGCUAGCCAACUCUCCAACUAUCAAAUCGAAUGUCAACAACUUCGUGACGCUUUAGAUGAAGAACAAGACUCCAAAUCUGACCUACAACGUCAAAUCUCCAAAGCCAACGCCGAAGCCGCGCAAUGGCGCAACAAGUAUGAAGGUGAAGGUGUGACACGAGCUGAAGAGAUUGAAGAAGCCAAGAGGAAGAUGAAUCAGAAGCUUAUGGAGAUUCAAGAAGAAGUGGAACAAGCCAAUCAGAGAAUCGCCUCAGGGGAUAAAGCCAGACAUCGGUUACAACAAGAACUGGAGGAUGCUCAACUUGAUGCUGAGAGGGUAGGGGUGGUUUGAGGAAUUUUGGGGCCAAAAAUUAAUUUUUAAGCCUGAAUUUUUAUUUUCAAGCCUAAAAAGCGUUUUUAAGCCUAAAAUUUAUUUUUAAGCUUAAAAAGCGUUCUUAAGCCUAAAAAGCAUUUUCAAACCUAAAAUUACAUUUAUAUCCCUGAAAUUUUAUUUUUUAGCCUAAAAUUCAUUUUUAAGCCUAAAGAGCGUUUUUAAACCUAAAAUUACAUUUUUAAGCCAAAAAAUAAUUUUUAAACCUAAAAGUUCAUUUUUAAGCCAAAAAAUCAACUUUAAACUUAAAAAUGCAUCUGUAAGCCUAAAAAUUAUUUUUAAGCCUAAAAAUCAGUUUUAAACCUAAAAUUUAUUCUUAAUUUGACUUUUUUAGGCUAACACCCUCGCCGCCACUCUGGAAAAGAAGCAAAAGAACUUUGACAAAGUUGUCGAUGAAUGGAAGCUCAAAUGUGAUGCUCUAUCAAACGAACUCGAGGCAGCGCAACGUGAUCAACGUGCCGCACAAACCGAAGCCUUCCGCCUUCGGUCAGCUUUGGACGAAGCUUCAGAACAGAUGGAAACAGUAAAAAGAGAGAACAAAAACCUGGCUCAAGAGAUCAAAGACAUCACCGAUCAGCUGGGCGAAGGCGGCCGAAGCGUUCACGAUCUUCAGAAGAUCCGCCGACGUCUGGAAAUGGAAAAAGAUGAGCUACAACAAGCGUUGGAGGACGCGGAAUCUGCGUUGGAAGCCGAGGAAUCAAAACUGAUGAGAAGUCAAGUUGAAGUCAGCCAAAUCCGGGCCGAAAUCGAAAAAAGAUUGGCAGAGAAGGAGGAGGAAUUCGAAAAUACACGUCGAAAUCAUCAACGUGCUCUCGAGUCUCUUCAGGCGUCGCUGGAAACCGAAACUCGAGGCCGUGCCGAGCUUCUCCGUGCCAAAAAGAAGCUCGAAAGUGACAUCAACGACCUGGAAAUUGGUUUAGAUCAAGCCAACCGAGCCAAUGCUGAUGCCCAAAGGAAUCUGCGCAGCUAUCAAGAGAGUGUUCGAGACCUUCAACUACAAGUUGAAGAUGAACAACGACAAAAGACCACGCUGCAAGAUCAAGUAGCGACGGCCGAACGAAGAGUUAUGAUUCUUCAGACGGAGAAGGACGAGUUCACCCAUACCUUGGAGCAGGUCGAAAGGGCUAGAAGACAAGCUGAAUUGGAAAGGGCUGAAGCUCAGGAAAGCUUGAAUGCAUUGACUGAUGCCAAUGCCAAUUUGGCGUCGAUCAGAAGGAAAUAUGAGGCAGAACUACAGGUAAAUAAUGGGGUUUUGGUGGAAUUUUAGGUAAUACAAAGGACGUUUUUAUGGUUUUUAGGUAUUAAAAAGGGGUUGAUGGAAGUUUAGGUAAGAAAAAGUAGUUUUUAUGGAUUUUAGGUAACAAAAAAAGAUUUUUUUGAGAUUUUUUGUUUACAAAACAACAAUGGCAGGGACUUUCUUUACGAAACAAGAAAUUGCAAGAACUUUCUUUACAAAACAAGAAAUGGCAAGAACUUUCUUUACAAAACAAAAAAUGGCAAGAACUUUGUUUACAAAGCAUCAAUAGAAUUUUAGGAAUCAAAAAUUCAUUUUUAAUUAUUGUCAAUUUUAGCAAGCCCAAUCAGAGCUCUCAGACGCCUUAAACGAGCUCAACUCUCAAAAUGAACAAGCUCGUAAAGCCUCAGCCGACGCUGCUCGGCUAGCCGAAGAGCUCAAAGCCGAACAAGAUCACAGUCAAAACAUUGAUCGUCAACGCAAGGCCAUGGAGCUUCAGAUCAAAGAUCUACAAGUUCGAUUGGACGAGGCCGAAUCCUUAGGUCUAAAGGGCGGCAAACGCCAACUGGCCAAACUUGAAUCCAGGAUCCAGGAGCUGGAGCAAGAAUUGGAGCAGGAGAAUCAUCGUCACGCUGAAACUAACAAAAACUACAGAAAUAAGGAGAGAAGAUGCAGGGAAUUGCAGUUCCAGGUCGAGGAAGAUAAGAAGACUCAGGAGAGAACGUACGAUCUGGUGGAGAAGUUGCAGACUAAGAUCAAGACCUACAAACGACAGGUCGAGGAGGCGGUAAGUUUAAAAAUUUUUAAUGUGGAUAUUAAUUGUAAAAUACGCACAAUUAUAUAUGUUUGUUUUUUAAUUUAAUUAUGGGGUGUAUUUUUUAAAAAAAUUAUGAAGAAAUGUAAAUAUUGAUUUUUAAGAAACAGGUGUGGCAUUUCGUCGCAUUAUAGAUUUUUGCAAAUUAUUUUGCCGUGUUCUUUGAUUCAUUGCAAAUUGUAUUCAUUUUGGGCUAGCUCUUUAAAAAAAUUUUUAAGACGAAAUGUCAAUAUUGAUUUUAAUAGACUAUGUGACAUUUCGUCGCAUUAUUGACUUAUUGAAAAUUGUGUAAGCCUAAAAUAUCGUCUGUCUAAAGUAUGUAUAUUGAACAACCAGGCCGUAAAAUUGAUUAUGAAACGAAAUCUUACUAUGAGACGAAAUGUCACUAUUGAUUUUUUUUUGUAAAAUUAAAGAUUGUGACAUGACUAGGUAAAUUUUAAAACUUUUGUUUACAGGAACAACUGGCCAACACCAACCUGGCCAAGUACAAACAACUUCAGCACAUGCUCGAGGAUGCUGAAGAACGUGCUGAUCUGGCUGAGAAUUCAUUGUCUAAAUUCAGAGCUAAAUCACGAUCGGCUUCUGGCAUUGGUUUGAAUAGAGGACUUUCUCAUUCGGUAGGAUAUUAAUACUAUACAUGUAUAAGGAUGGGUUGUAUGUGGUUGAAAAUGGAAUUUUUACAUUUAAAGAAAAUGGCAUUUUUGAAUUAAAAAAAUUUUUGGUCGAUUUUUAAUUAUGACAUUAUUUAUGACAGAAAAUUUGAGUUAACACUGCCAUUUCCAGAUGUCAUCAGCCGUGAUUUCAUCCCGCUCUCGUCACGCCAUAAUGGAAGAAGACUAA